AUGACACCCCCAAAGGUUCUCAGCGGGGCUCCUCCUCCUUUAGCACGCCGCCCCUCGGGGCGCCCAGUUUCUCCAAGCCUUGCAGCCAGACCUCUGGGCGUCACGCAGCAGACAGCCUGCGACACCCCACCCCCACGUGAAGCCCUUGGGCCCCCGUCUCCCAGCAGGCCCCCGCCCCCCAGCCCGCAAGGCUGCGCUGGGAGCGUGAAGCCUGAGCCGCAGACGGGGCGGGGGCAGAGGGGCCAGGAAGGGCGGAGAGCCCCCAAGUACGCGUUCACACCGGGCUUCGCCUCCUACCACAUUCUAGAAGCCCGCGGGGGGGCGCCGUGGUGUCUGCAGACCAGGAGCCGGGACGUGAGCUCCCUGCACCGGGCGCCCCCACAGCCGCCGCCGUCCACGUGCACCAGGAGUUCACAAUCACGUCCUCUGCGUCCCCCACCGCUGCCUCCUGCCGGAGCGAACCCGCCCGCCGGAAACCGCCGCAUCUCCAGACUCACAGCUCGCUCUCCAGCCCGCGGUUCCCUCCGCUGCCACCGUGAGGCGCCCCUGGGCUCUGCUCUGCCCCCCAUGACAGAUCCUCCGGGGCCCAGGUACCGCAUAUUACAUAACCCUAAGAGCUUCCUGUCGGCCCGUCAGAGAGCUUUGGGAAACUGGAGCUAUGAUUCCCGUCUGACAGGAAAGGGAAACAAAGGCCUCAAGGAACCAAGUAAUGUUCCUAAAACCACGGGCACAGCCAGUGACAGGGAUGGGAUCCAAACACAGGCCUCCCCAAGAGAGGCACGGGACUCUGCAGAGACACCCACCGAGGCUCCAGGGUCCCAGGAGGAAGGAGCCUCCACGGACGGCGGGCGGCUUAUCGGGGAUGAGCUGCAGCCAAGUCACGGCUGGACACACCCCACAGGACAUACGGGGGUCAAAUUGCACCGGGGUCCCGCUGGACACACCCCACAGGACACACGGGGGUCAAAUCGCACCCGGGGUCACGCUGGACACACCCCACAGGACAUACGGGGGCAGAUCGCACCCGGGGUCACGCUGGACACACCCCACAGGACAUACGGGGGUCAAAUCGCACCCGGGGUCACGGCUGGACACACCCCACAGGACAUACGGGGGUCAAAUCGCACCGGGGUCACGCUGGACACACCCCACAGGACACACGGGGGUCAAAUCGCACCCGGGGUCACGCUGGACACACCCCACAGAACACACGGGGGUCAAAUCGCACCCGGGGUCACGCUGGACACACCCCACAGGACAUACGGGGGCAGAUCGCACCCGGGGUCACGCUGGACACACCCCACAGGACAUACGGGGGUCAAAUCGCACCGGGGUCACGCUGGACACACCCCACAGGACACACGGGGGUCAAAUCGCACCCGGGGUCACGCUGGACACACCCCACAGGACAUACGGGGGCAGAUCGCACCCGGGGUCACGCUGGACACACCCCACAGGACAUACGGGGGUCAAAUCGCACCCGGGGUCACGCUGGACACACCCCACAGGACACACGGGGGUCAAAUCGCACCCGGGGUCACGCUGGACACACCCCACAGGACAUACGGGGGCAGAUCGCACCCGGGGUCACGCUGGACACACCCCACAGGACAUACGGGGGUCAAAUCGCACCCGGGGUCACGCUGGACACACCCCACAGGACAUACGGGGGCAGAUCGCACCCGGGGUCACGCUGGACACACCCCACAGGACAUACAGGGGCAGGUCGCACCCGGGGUCACGCUGGACACACCCCACAGGACAUACGGGGGUCAAAUCGCACCCGGGGUCACGCUGGACACACCCCACAGGACAUACAGGGGUCAAAUCGCACCCGGGGUCACGCUGGACACACCCCACAGGACAUACGGGGGUCAAAUCGCACCCGGGGUCACGCUGAACACACCCCACAGGACAUACAGGGGCAGGUCGCACCCGGGGUCACGCUGGACACACCCCACAGGACAUACGGGGGUCAAAUCGCACCGGGGUCCCGCUGGACACACCCCACAGGACACACGGGGGUCAAAUCGCACCCGGGGUCACGCUGGACACACCCCACAGGACAUACGGGGGCAGAUCGCACCCGGGGUCACGCUGGACACACCCCACAGGACAUACGGGGGUCAAAUCGCACCCGGGGUCACGGCUGGACACACCCCACAGGACAUACGGGGGUCAAAUCGCACCGGGGUCACGCUGGACACACCCCACAGGACACACGGGGGUCAAAUCGCACCCGGGGUCACGCUGGACACACCCCACAGGACACACGGGGGUCAUAUCGCACCCGGGGUCACGCUGGACACACCCCACAGGACAUACGGGGGCAGAUCGCACCCGGGGUCACGCUGGACACACCCCACAGGACAUACGGGGGUCAAAUCGCACCGGGGUCACGCUGGACACACCCCACAGGACACACGGGGGUCAAAUCGCACCCGGGGUCACGCUGGACACACCCCACAGGACAUACGGGGGCAGAUCGCACCCGGGGUCACGCUGGACACACCCCACAGGACAUACGGGGGUCAAAUCGCACCCGGGGUCACGCUGGACACACCCCACAGGACACACGGGGGUCAAAUCGCACCCGGGGUCACGCUGGACACACCCCACAGGACAUACGGGGGCAGAUCGCACCCGGGGUCACGCUGGACACACCCCACAGGACAUACGGGGGUCAAAUCGCACCCGGGGUCACGCUGGACACACCCCACAGGACAUACGGGGGCAGAUCGCACCCGGGGUCACGCUGGACACACCCCACAGGACAUACAGGGGCAGGUCGCACCCGGGGUCACGCUGGACACACCCCACAGGACAUACGGGGGUCAAAUCGCACCCGGGGUCACGCUGGACACACCCCACAGGACAUACGGGGGUCAAAUCGCACCCGGGGUCACGCUGGACACACCCCACAGGACAUACGGGGGUCAAAUCGCACCCGGGGUCACGCUGAACACACCCCACAGGACAUACAGGGGCAGGUCGCACCCGGGGUCACGCUGGACACACCCCACAGGACAUACGGGGGCAGAUCGCACCCGGGGUCACGCUGGACACACACCACAGGACAUACGGGGGCAGAUCGCACGCAGGGUCCCGCUGGACACACCCCACAGGACAUACGGGGCAGAUCGCACCCGGGGUCACGCUGGACACACCCCACAGGACAUACGGGGGCUGAUCGCACCCGGGGUCACGCUGGACACACCCCACAGGACACACGGGGGUCAAAUCACACCCGGGGUCACACUGGACACACCCCACAGGACAUACGGGGGUCAAAUCGCACCCGGGGUCACGCUGGACACACCCCACAGGACAUACGGGGGCUGA